GUCCACGCGGUUCAGUUUCUCUCUCUCUCUCUCUCUACAAUUUUCAGUUCAAAUUCUCCAAUCCUAUUAAUUAACACUUAAGUUUCAAGACUCAUAAAAAUGUCCGACGGAGGCUUAACGGUUCUCGACGGCACACACCUGAGGUCCGUCGACCUCUCUCUGCCGGAAACCAACAGCACCGUCACUGGCUCUCAGCUCCUCGAGCUAGCCGAGUCCAGAGUUUCGGCCUCUCUGUUCGGCCUUUCUUUUCCCCAAAAUCUCAAGUCCUCUGCUCUCAAUCGCUUCAACAUCAUCGAUGACGUCAGUUUCCGGUCAACGGAGCUCGAAAAAGACCAAGCUUUGUCCAUGUUUAAAGACUAUAUGACUGCGAUCGCCGAUGAACUUAAAGAGGAGCCUCUUGUUGUAGCAAUUUUGGAUGGGAAAACACUAAGGCUGUUUUUGGAGGAUGAAGAUGAUUUUGCAAUGUUAGCGGAGAAUCUUUUUACUGACUUGGAUAUAAACGAUAAGGGAAAGAUCAAUAAGAAUGAGAUACGGAAUGCUCUUGGUCAUAUGGGUGUUGAAUUGGGAAUUCCUCCAUUUUCAGGUUUGCUUAAUUUCAUCUUAUUGUUGUGUAAAUGGUGAUAUACAUACAUACAU